AUGCCCCUCGGCAUUCUAAACGACGACAAACUGGAGCAUAUCCCUGGAACAGCUCCAUUGAACGAUCUCCAGGGCACCGCAACUUACCCGGGAAUCGACCCCAGUCUCCUCAAACAUGACCAAACCGGCCACAUAGUUCUUGUGCCUCAACCUUCCGACUCACCAAAUGAUCCAUACAACUGGCCACGAAAGAAGAAAGAGCUGUUCACAAUUACCUAUGGCUGGGGCUGUGGGUGUGUUGGAGCCGUCGGUCCUCUUCUUGGAGCCGCAUUUGUUCCCCUCGCGAGAGAAUUCAAUGUCCCAUUGACAACAUUCGUAUCUGGCGUCCAAGGAGGAACAAUCGCAGCCGUCGCGAUCGGCAGUCUCCUAUUUAAUUCUCUCGCCGUCAAAUUUGGCAAGCGACCAGUCUACCUUGGGACCACAGUCGGCCUCAUGGUUUCGUGUUUCUGGGCUGCCGAGGCUACGAGCUUUACGUCUCUUGUGGCCGCCAGGGUUGUUUGUGGUCUGUGUAUGGCACCAAUGGAGGCAUUAAUUCCGGCUUCAAUUGCAGACAUCUGGUUUGUGCAUGAGCGCGGCUUUCGAACGGCCAUUUUCAAUCUUGGUGUUUUGGGUGGAAUCAAUCUUGCUGUCCCGAUCGCUGGAGGUGUUAUUGAGUACGGCUCAUAUCGCAUUGCUUUACAUGCGAUGGGAGGUGCGUUCGGGCUAGCAUUGAUCAUGAUCUUUUUCUGGAUGCCAGAGUCGGCAUAUGCAUGCAGACAUGCUUUGAAUAUUGAUACUGGUAAUGAGGCUGUCACACUUGAGGGUAAAAAGAACAUUGAACAACUUGAACACGCAUCCGGGCCUGAAUUCACCAUACAAGAAUCCGAAGCAACCACCCCCUGGUCCAAACAGCUUCUUCCCUAUAGCGGCUACGUGAACUCGGUCUCGUUUUGGAAUACCCUUAUUAGGCCAUUCUAUCUGCUGGCUUCCCCUGCCGUCCUCUGGGGAACGCUUCUAUUCACGAUUUGUAUCUCGUGGCUCGUUGCCAUUUCCCUGACUCUAUCACAGAUAUUUUCCGCGCCUCCGUAUAACUUUUCUGUUGGGGCAGUGGGAGCUACAAACAUGGCUUCUUUCGUUGCUUCUGUUCUGGGGACGCUCGUGGCAGGUCCCCUUAUUGACGGUGUGGUUACCAGGAUGUCGAAGAUGAAUGGUGGUAUAUUUGAACCUGAGUUCCGUCUCCCUAUAAUGGUGACAUAUCUCCUAUUUACAACUACUGGCUUCUUUGCAUGGGGUCAAUCCGCACACGCUCAAGAUCCAUGGGCAGUACCAGUAAUUGUAUGCCUCGGACUGAUCAACUUCGGCGUGCAGCUUGGUACUACGGGCGUGGUUACAUAUAUAGUGGACUGUCAUCGAGAAAAGGCUGGAGAAGCAUUUGCUGUGAUGAACUUCGUCAAGAAUCUGUUCGCAUUUGGGUUGUCUUUCUAUAUUAACGGAUGGCUUGACCACCAAGGUAUAAGGAAUUGCUUCUUUACAAUUGGUGGAAUUACAAUGGGUGUUACGCUCUUUACCAUUCCUAUGUAA